CCACCACCAGUCCACCACCAGUCACAACACGCACGUAAUGGCAGCUUGGAGACGACCCGCCCUUGCGCCUCUAGGCCUAUGAACCCCUGCCGGCGGUACAGGCCAGUGCAGAAGUAAUUAUCGUAUUUCUUGGCCAUUACACCUUGUCGCUGUCUCACCUGUGCUGGCUGGAGUGAAAUAAAGUGGCGGUAUUAGUUACUACGCGAUAUUCCUUCUCUCUAUCUGUCACGGUUUUUCCAUUGUCUCUCUAUCUGUCACUGUUAAUUCAGGAAGGUUUACUUGAGAUAGUAAGGUUGUUGCCUCCAUAUCACCUAUCUUCAGUCACGUACAGGACUGUGGAGUGAGGAGCUUAUGAACCACAGUGGUAAACCCAACUAUGAUUAUGAACAUUGUAUUUUGACAUCACGAAGGAGUACAGAUGUCCUCCCCAGCCAGGACAUAGAUAUCUGAUACUUACACCUUCACCACAACACCAUAACAAAGAUGGAGUGUGAUGGCAGCAGCAGUGCAGCCACCACCCCAGGGGAGGCUGCAACCACCACCACCACAACGACCACCGUCACCACUGCACCACUGGACACCCCCACUGCACCACUGGAGAACUUAGAGACCCCCACCACCCCGCUGCCCCCACCCUCUGACAACACGAUCACCACUACAGACAACAUAUUUUCCCUGGAGGAGCCGCCUGGUCCCCCUCCUGUCUCCAGCUUCCCCUUUAGGAUGCACCACGCCAUCCCCUCAGGCCCCCCCCCAUCCUACGACGAAUGUCACAACCGAGACAGUCCACCACCCACAUACGACUCUCUCUUCGGCCGCGUUCGGGAAGUUCAGAAGACCUCCAAUGGCAUUUUGGACCUGAUCAAGAACCUCAUCAUUCUUUUUGUUGGAACCGUGGGAUGUACCGUGAUGAUUGGGGUGACAAUAGUGAUUCCAGUGUUUAUGAUCAUCCUGGGGUCCCUUAAGAUGAACGACUGCCCAGCUCAGCCUUACAUCCCUAUCUAUCUGGUGGUGGGGGGUGUGCUGGGGGUGACCAAGCCUGUGUUAGGGGUGCAGGGCCGCCUUCAUCGUCCCCUCACUGAUGAGGAAGGAGCGGAUCUGCAGGAUGCGUCUGUUCCUUGGCACAGACGUUUGGAAUUCAGUGGAUCUAUCAAUUUUUUCCUCAGCGCAUGGUUUAUUAUGGGUUGUGUGUGGGUGUACCGUAUCUACGAGCCAGACUACUCCAACAAGGGGGCAAGUAACUACUGCGACCAGAUCCUGUACCAGUUUGCAUUUUGGCUUGUUACUUCUGUCUACAUCAUCGUUGGCCUCCUCAUCUCCUGUGUGUGUGGGUUGUCCAUUGCCACGGUGGUACUGCAACAUAGUAGGGGUGCAGGGGAGGUGGUAUGAUGGCAGCAUGCUCUUUCUGGCAUCAGUUUACGUGCCAGAAUAACUUGCAUGGGUGCCUUCCUUAUUACGUCUCUGUACCUUCUCUUCUGGAGAGUGUCCGACUCUUGUGAAUCGGACAUCUGUGCGUGGCUGACUCCCAUACGCACUAUUGAGUUUGUGUGUGCUUUCCUGUUCUUCGGGUUCUGCUGCUGUAUGUGUGUGGGGCUGUGUGUAAAGUAGAGGGUUUGCUCUCUCUUAUAUCGCAAAGAUCGUGAAGAUGUGUGCUGCUUUUGUGUGUUUGUGUAUCUCUACUGCCAUAAGUUGUUUUUUAAGUCAGGAUUGGCUCACGUCAAAGAAUCUGCAUUAAGUUGAAGCCAUUUUUGGUCUCUAAGGUUAGUUAUCUGGAGUGCUUAUGUGAAGUUAUGAAGUUAUGGUUGUGUCCCAAGCUGCUCCUUGGUCCUCCUGUGUUGCUGGGCUGUCUGUAGUGAGUGUGGUGACCUGACUGUCGAGUUUCCGUUCUGUCAGUCAAGGCUCAGUUGGUUCGAUGUUGCUUCAUUUUGGACAUUUAUUGUUUAGUUUGAUUAAUUUCUGUAAGGUCAGAUUUGAUAAUGUUCUUGGAUGUUGAUCUCAAAGCUGUUCAUGUGAGAAGACUUUCCCUUGGUAUUUCAUGUGGAUUUUUCUUAUAGUGUGUAAACACAGUGGACAUGAUGUGCUCUAGUCGUGUCUUUACUACCACUCUGCUGCUGAGACUUAUGGGCAACAUUUUCAUAGUUUUGUAAUGUCUGAAGCACUGCACUAGGUUACAAAAGCAACUUAUAUAUAGUAAACAUGAGAAAAUCACAGUCACCUCCCAGUCCCCGAGAGCAGUGUGAUGCUUGUGGCACUUGCACAAACACAGCAAGCACGUGAAGGAGAAUACAGUACAAAGGUAAUCUCAGACUGAAGGGUUAUGAGAGGUGGUGUGGGUAACCCAAGGCUUUAAUUAGUCAUUAAUUUCGUCCGUUAUAGCAUUUAUAAGUUUUUACAAGUAGGUUUAUAAAGAAAAGACAUUUCGUUGAACUUCAUGUCACAUUGUUUAAAUUUUUUUUUUUUUUUUUUUUUUUUUUUUUUUCAGUUUUCUAGGUACUUUACGAGACAUUUUGGUACUGCAUCUUGCCUUGUUCCUGAGCAGACCUACAUAUCGUGUACACUACAUUCACCGGUGCCUCACUUUCAUAUUUUAGGUCUUGUCCGGCAUUCUCUGCACACCGAGAGACUCUUAACUCAUGGCUGUCUGCAUUUAUUCAUCAGGGUGACUUCUGUGGCAUUCUGGGAACUGGCACUUAACCAGACCUAUCCACUGGCACUCUUGUCUAUAGCUUACCUUUUGAUACUUGGCUGCCUCCAUUUUCCUCAUCAGGGUGACUUGGUUCUGUGGCACUUUGAGAACUGGCACCUUAGGAGAUUUCUCCACUGGCACUCUUUGUCUUCAGCUUACUUUUUGAUACUGAUGCUGUGGAACUUUGAAUGCUCAUAUUGUAGGUCCUUUAUGCUCCAGAAUCCUGUGGGUUUCACCUGGGAUGUACUGUGUCACUGCUCUUAGAAGAAUCUCUAUUUUACUCUAUUGUAUUAAAGAUUAUACAUUCCCUUGUUCCAUUACCAAAGAUCAAACCUUCCUCUAGAUAUAUAUCUUCCUCUAUUCUCUUAGCAGAGGUCAUUUCUUUCAUCUCUUCCCUUAGUAAAGAAAAUAGAUCCUUCCUCUAUUCCCUUAGCAGAGAUCAUUCCUUUCAUCUUUUCCCUUAGCAGAUAUUACACCGUCCCCUAUCAAAAAUCACAUGCAUUUUUCUUCACAACAUUGAAUAGUCUGAAGUCUGUAGCUUUGUGAUGAACUAUGUUUAUAUUUGUUUGGUUAUGUAUUGGAAAACAAUUGGAAUCCUCCGCUCUGUGUGAACUGCCUCUGGUAGGCCUUCAUUAGAGACGUUUUCUCAGUGAUGUUUGGAUCAGAAAUAGUUCCUGUAGCUUUGAGUGUUCCAGAAUUGAGACAGUCAGUGAGUUGGAUGUUACUUUUAGUACUAGCAUCCUCAGUGGGUGCAGGCACAGUCAUGGGUAUUAGUAGCACAAUGCAACAUGAUUAUCUCUACUGUAUCUUGUAAUUUUCAUGAUCUGACCCUCUUCUGAUCCACUUGCAAUCAGUCGUCAGGUGUUGUAGGACUGUCAGUGAAGCAGAGGACUUGAGAUUGAAGGGAAAACACAACAUGCAGUGCUGAGUGUGACAUGUUGACUAUUAACCAGUACUGUUCUGCCUUUUCUAGUCAUGCUGAUGGAAAUACUACCAUACCUACUCAAUCAAAGGUGAAAGUAUGUGUGAUGUGAAUGGAGCGGCCAACCUUUUGUACUGGCAUUUGUAUGUUUUUAUUCCUAUGAGAUGAGAUGCAAAGACUUAUCCUGGCUAGCACUGCUUCAAAGGGAAGUUAAGUCUACUAUACACACUUGUUCAAAUGUUACAGUGUACACUGAGAAAGCUGAUAUAAUUACAUAGCAUUGAUUUACUAGUCAAUUAUUUAUAUGUCACAAAGUAUACUGAAGGAAUAUAUAUAUAUAUUGAUUGACCCUCUAGCAUUUUAUCAUACACUACUAGCAUUAAGCAUUUGUAGAUUACUCUUUGCCUAGUCUGUUUUUUUUUUAGAUGACUAGUUGCACAUUCAUAAGUUUCUCACUUAACUAACUCUUUAAAUCUUGCAAGGUGUUUAGACUACUCUGUAUAGGUGGAUGGGAGCUGACACUUUUGUUUAACAAGUGUGAUUAUGGGUUGAAUAUGAUGCAGUGUGGUAACUUGCAUGAUUUGUUUCCAUAAUCUCGGGUCUGGAUGCCCUGAUGGUGAGCUGCUUGUUCUUCCUCUCUCAGUUCUCAUUAUUGCUUUUGUUCUGCAUAUUUGAAGUUGAUGUUAUCUUGAGGAGGUGUGAAAAUAUUAGAAUAUUAUGUUCUUGGCUGUGAACACUUAACAUCUGUGUUCUUAAAUGUUUGUGUCUUAUCUUGAACAAUUAUUUACAGGCUCUAGGGAAAGUUAUUGAGUUUUCAAGGGUAUCUUUAUUAUUUUAGUGAUAUUCUGCCCCACCAGUAUGAGAGGCACCCAAGAAUACCUGAUCAAUUAUUUUUGUGGCUUUUGAAAAUGGUACUGAUGAGAUAAAUGUGUUUAAGAAUACAGGAUAAGUCAUGAGAACUCUUUCUUUUAGAGUUGAUAAACUGAAAAUUAGAAGGCACUCAGAGAAUAUUUUCUUCACCAAUGUCUUAAGGAUAUGAAAUGUGAUGAAAAUUUCCUUUUAUGUCUUGAAAUUUGAGGAGAUUUGAAAAUCUUGAAUCCAUGAAACAUCUUAAGAUCUCAGAUGCCCUUUUUUUUUUUUUUAUCUAGAGACUAUAAAAAGCAAUAAAUGAUUAAAGAUAUCUUGAAUACAGACAUCAAACAGUAAUGGUAAUUAUGCAAUGUUAUGACAGGAAUGCACUGAGGGUCAGGCUGUUAGCACACAACACUAUAUGUGGAUGCCUGGUGUCUGUGUAUGUCAGUGCCUGUACUUGCAGUCAGAAGUGUCCUUGGGCUUUUUAUUGUACAUUGAGAGAUGAAAGAGAGGGAGUGGUGGGAAGGAGUCUAAGCCGAUGUAGUCUUUGGUUCAUUUGGCUAUUAAGGAAGCAUCUGAGAGCACCAGGAUCUGAGGAACACACAUAGCAGUGUAGGACACUCAGUAUGUGUCUGCAUAAAUCUGUGGGUCUUUGGAUGAGUCUAGACUGCAGUAAUCUUUGGCUGUUUGGAUCAAGAAAACACCCAUUCUUUAAUAAAGUGCCAAUAUUGGAUAAAUGCAUAGUAGCAGAGUAGAAGCCCCAGGAUGUGUUUGCACAUGUCUGUGGGUCUUUAGAUGAACAGAGAGAUGGAGGAGGAGACAGGAGUGUAUAUUUUAAACAAUUGACACUCAAUCAAUUAGAAUAUCUAAAUUCCCUUUAUUGAGAUGAAUUUACUCACUGUGAUCAGUUAGAGCAGUCAGUCAGUCAGUCACUCAUUUAGUCAGGAUUUCCUUAAUGUGAAUAGAGGUGGUAGAAGGCUUGAGGAUGGCAGUGACUAAUGGUGUAUUGGCCAGUGCUUGUGGGUGUUUGUGUAGUCACUGCUGCUGCUGUCUUAUCUCUGGAGUCAGUGAGUCAGAUAUCAUGCUGUGAUUUGUUCAGGCAACAGUGUGUGGGUGAAAUUGAGUCAGUAACACACAGGAACCUUAGUUGUGGGGAGAGGAAUGUUUGAUUUGAAUUUUCUGGUGAAGUGAAGGACACAAGAAAGACUUUAUACACACAUCUACCUCCCCUUAAGUUAUUAGCACAUUUUGAAUUAUUCAGUAGCAAGCUUCUGGCUGUUGUCUUUCUUUACAACGUGACUUUAUAGCGAGUCUUGGUUCCAUUUCAUCAGCUCUCAGUUUUUAUUUAGCAGUGCUGUGUUUAUGUCUGAAACAGUAAUUGCAUAUAAAUGUGCCUCAUAUAAAAGAUGUAUAUUGUAACACCAGAGUAUGUGUGUGCCUGUGUGGGAGAAUUUUGAUACAUGUACAUUCUCAGCACUGUACUGUGAGAAGAGUAGAGGAAAUUGUGCCUGGAGAGAGUUUGAGUAGAGAGAGGAUUCUUACAGUACAUAACACAUCGCUGGGAGUGUAUUGCUUAUGCACUAGAAGCUGAAUACCACAAGAAGUCAGUUUUUAUAUAUGUGUAUUAUAAUUAGCAUAAGUAUCAUCUCACAUGUGUUUUCUCAGAAAGCAUGCCAAGGAAUGUACUGUAACCAUUCUUGAUAAACAACAAAUUUGAUUAUAGGGCAUUGGAGGGGACUGAAUUUUGGAUCUUAAGUCCACAUAACUUCAGGCUCUGUCACUAUGCAUUGCUUCCUGUGUGCAAGUUGAUGUGUCUCUGCUCCCCUUUGUGCUGUCACUGAUGACUCAAGGAGAGGUGUCAGCCGGGGGAUGGGGGCAACUCCUGCAGGAACCUUAAUAUGUAAACAAGACUCAAAUUGGGAUUUUCCUUUGUGGUAUGUUUUCAAGUGACUGCUUGUUUAGGAAGUCAUUAUUGUUAUUAAUGGUAUGCUUGAACUGCAAACAUAUGUAUUUAAAAUUUUGUCUUAACACAAAAUGAUCUUUUUAUUUAGUAUAGUUUUUAAAGGGAGUAAUGCUUUAUUUGUGAAGACAAGACAAAAGCAACAUGUUGGUGCUAUGAGUGAUUCUUUUAGGUCGUGACACAAGGAUACGUUUCACUGUGUAGGAUGUAGUGGUGUUAGUGGUAUAUGCAUGUGGCUACCUUUAGUUACAACAGGUGACCACACCAAGACUCACACGUGCUCUUCGCUGUGCACUGAUACUGUGUGUCAGGAAGUGCUUGUGAGAUUACAGCCUGUGUUCUUGAGCAUUUCAGUAUCUUGCCUAUUUACAGAAGGCUUGAUUGUCAGUUCUCAGGGUAUUUUUCACAAUGCCAAUGGUGUAGUUGUAUUCAACAUCACUAGUGGGAGAAGAUACCAUGAGAAUGUCACUAAUUGUGGCCUUUGGAAAUAGUUUUGGUGAGUGUCUGGAGUGGUGAGGAAUGCUGUUGUGUUACUCAUGCAAUGUAUCUAGACCUGCUGGGGUUUUUCUCAUGUAGUUUGUGUGUGUGUAUGUGAAAUAUACUGUAUUGAUUUGGGUGAUUGGCAGCUAUUUCUGUGCAAUGUUUCACUCAAAAGUUACAGCUGUUACUCUUAAGAAUGUUUGCAGGAAGCAGUCUGUUGAUUUUGGUGACUGGCAGCUAUUUCUGUGCAGUGUUUCACGUAUAAAUUAGCAGGAAGUUAGUGUAUCAGUUUUUGAGGAACAGUUAUUUCUUUGCAGUGUUUCACUUAAAAAAUAUAAGCAAAAGUCUUACUGCAACAAAUAUGCACAAAAGAAAGGGGAAGAGCAAAAUAUUUAUAAUUACCAACUUGCCAUCUGUGACACUAUCGUUUCCACUGUAUCGUCUUCUUGUCUCUGUUGAUAAUGUCUAAUUUUUGUAUGUGUGUACCGAUAUUACUCAUGACUUAUGCUUCUCAUAUUUCAUAACACUUACUGUUCUUCAAGAUUUGUAUGUGUGACUAGUUUAGCUUACAGGUGUAGAAGGGAGUGAAUGAGAAACAGGCUGGCUACCUUCUGUCUCCCUGGCACAGAGUAUACAAUAAAAUAAGUACACUGUAUUUAGUGUCAUCCACAGACACUACAGGAUUGAAUAGGAUUGAAGAGGCUGGUUUUGCUUGCUUCACUGACAGAAUUAUCCAAAAGCCAAGACCAAUAGAAGUGUUUAGCUUACACUGGGUUAUUUAAUGCUCCUUUCUAUUCUUUGUUCAUAAAAUUACCAGUGUUGCCAAGUAAAUAUGUAUUCCCCUUUAGUACUGAUUCAUAAAGUUACCAGUCAUUACAGUCACCAAAUUACCAACGAAGUAUUUAGCUUACACUGGGUUCUGUCAUACCCUUUUCUGCUUCCUAUUCAUGAAAUUAUCAGUACUUACCAUCUCCUUGCUGCCAAUCGAAUACAGGCAACCCCCCGCUUAAUGAAUGGGU